UCAGAUCAAAGAAUCCCCCAAACGCCGCAGCCUCUCCUCCCUAGGGUUUUUGCUCGGCGGCGACUCGGAUCGAGUCGGAGUCCGCGGGGAGAAUCGCCAUGGCGUCGCGUCCGUCGCUGAGGGCGAAGCCCAAGGGCAAGGGCGGGGCGAGGGGAGCGGCCGCCGACCCGGCCGGGGAGGGCGCCACCGCUUCGGCGACCGCCGUGCGGCUCGUCAAGGAGUGGACCACGUGGACGAUGAAGACGGCGAAGGUGGCGGCGCACUACGGCUUCAUCCCGCUCGUCAUCAUCAUCGGCAUGAACUCCGACCCCAAGCCCUCCAUCUCCCAGCUCCUCUCCCCCGUCUGAUCGGAUCUCCCCCCGGCGGGGCCCGGAUGCGGUCGGUCCGUACGCUUUCGUAGUAGUUCAUAGAUGGUGGUUUGUUUUCGCAUGUGCUGGAUCUAGUCUAUGAGGGAGGGUAAGUUCGUGAUGCUUCUGUGAGGUCGAGGACUUUAAGAGGCUUAUGCUAUGUUGAGUAUAAUAACUUCGUAUUGGCGGGUGUAUCUUCUAUAGAUCGGACCAAAUCUGUUAAAUUGGUUAUAUGGAUCUGCUACUAGUGUGAUGAUAUGAACUAUAUCCGUGUUCAUCUGUGUUCUGUUUUCAUGUUAUGUUUUAAUGUGCCCGAGGUUUUGAUUGAA